AUGGCUUCGUCGUCUUGGGCCGGAUACGGCCCUGCUGCGCCGACCCAAGGCCCUUCGAACCAAAUCCAGAGGACUGGGUCUGGCGACCAUCAGAAGAAGCCUCAAUCACGACAGUUACUCUCGUGUACCAAGUGUCGAGAGAGGAAGGUCAAGUGUGACAGGACCAAGCCUUGCUCAGCAUGCUGCGCCAGAGGACAUCCAAAGGAGUGCGAGUUCGUUGUUGGCGAGGGCAAUGACUACAGUCCCAUCCAACAGUCGUACGAGAUUCGAAAACUGCGGGCGGAGAACCAGAAACUCAAGGAGAGACUUCAACAAGCCCGACUUACUGGAUCAGGGGACGACGACGACGACGAAGAGUCUUCCGAUCGAAAGAGCUCGAGGGCGUCGAGAACAACGGCUUCACGUCAACGACGCUUCAAGACGGGCGAGCGAGUCGACAAUCUGUACUUUGGCACUCCCGGACUUGCCAACAUCGUCUCAGAUUUCGCCAACCUCCAGAUAGGCGCCCACUCCCUGACGCAUGCCGUACCGAAAGGUCGAGACAUGUAUGCAUUACCCGAAGGCUCACCAUAUCCAUUUCCCAUGCUCAACGGCGGGAACACGUUAUCAGAUCUUGCGCAGACUCUCCUGAUUCCGAACGAAGACAUGAUCUACGAGAGUCUCGACAUGUUUCAGCGCCGCGCUCAGUCCUGCUACUUCCCACACACUCCAGACGGAGUCACCAGGCGGGAGGUUGAACGAUUCAUGGCUGACGCAGAGGCCAACGCUGAACGUUUUCCGGACAUGUUGGCGCUCAUCUUUGCGACUCUUGCUACAGGUAUGCAGAUGGGCGUGUACGACAAGCAUGGCGACUGGCUGCCUGGUGCUGUUGAGCAAACGAGGAAGACGAGCGAUGUCUACGUCGCUGCAGCAAUGCAAGCGUUGCGUCUAGCAUCUUUUAUGAACACGCCGACUCUUCUAUGCAUCCAGGCACUGAUCAUGAUCGGACCCUACCUUACAAACAGCGGUCGUUUCCUUGACGCUUUCACUCUCUUUGGCACAACGAUUCGAUUAGCCCAUUCGAUCGGCCUACACCGUGACCCCAAACUCCUCGACCCAGCACCACCCCUACGAGAAUGCACGAUCAGAAGAACACUUUGGUGGUGGAUGUUACACAUGGACCAACAGUACUCAGUCACACUUGGAAGGCCACUCGGAAUCUCAGGCUUCGGAGACUGUCCUCCGCCAGAAACUCUCACGACAAAUCCUACGAUACUGCGGUUGAACGAGUUUGUUGACCAUCUCACUAUUAUGGCGAGGCAGAUUCUAUCCAGCGACGGCAUGGUGAAUGUUGGUCGCAUUGACGAAUACACGGACAAGUUGAUAGGCUUGUGGGAUACUAUGCCAGAAGCGCUGCAGUUCAACGAGAGUUGGUGCCGGAUGGAGACGCAGUUGCCUGAAUGGCCUUUGGACGCCAUGUCCGCAAUGCUGUUUGCCAAAGUACAGUCAUUCCUGAUCUUACUGAACCGCCAACGGAUAGAGCGCACUCAAAGCAUCCCCGUGGACCACUCACCACCUGGGUCGAUGAUGCCUCCUCCCCGACCGAUGACAGGAGCAAUGGGCUAUGGAGAACAUCCAAUUCAUGCGGCACCUGUUCGAGGUCGAUCGCUGGUUGUCGAAUCUUCCAUCCAACUCCUCAAAGCCUUCCUCUUCUUUCGAUACCGCAACCCGGCCGUUCUGAUCUGUUGGACAAUGGGUCAGCAGGCUUUUAACGCUUCUAUGAUCCUCAUAUUGGAUGCUUGGGAGACAGAGAAUCAGCAAAACGAGUGGCUUGUCAACCAAGCGUACGCCGUCUUUCAUGAGCUGCAGAGCAAGGGCGUUCACAAACUGGCAGAGCUUGCUGUCCGACGCAUCUCGAGCGGCCUCAUGAUGUUGGAACAACGACGACAUCAACGAGAACAACAAGCCGCCAUGUCAAGACGUCCAUAUGGAUACCAACCCACACUUCAAAUCGACACAGCGUCUAUGAGCGACUUCUCAGGAGACGCUGUCAUGGGCAACACCGGUAUGUUUCUGCUCGAGGAUCCAGGACUACAAUCUUACAUUGCACCCUCCUUCCAGCCUCUUGGAUGGAACAUGGCGGGUAGCAGCGCCCGCCCUUCCAACUCCUCGCACCCCACGUCCCCAAGCAUCCCAUCGCCGGUUGUUCCAGUAAGCCAGGUGACGGCCGCGCCUUUUCCUGUCAUGACAGCGCCCUUCACCGGUGGGCCCAUGACGACUUCAUCCUACUCCCUUGGCGGCGGGGGCAGUCUUCCAGCACGAAUACCCAAUCUUCCGCCGCAGGCGCCGGGCUCGUCCAACGCAUCAAGACCGCAAGCGGCGUUUACACCAAUCAACGCGGGUGUCCCUUUAGUCUCUCCCUCCGAUCGACAGCACCCACAUCAUCACCAACAACAACAGCAGCAGCAGAACGAACAGCAGUCAUUUUCUCAGGUUCGCGGUCCCCGUCCCAGCCACAGCAGCCACUCGUCGCACCAUGGCCGCUCACAACAGCAACACCGCAGUGGCAGCAGCAGUCAUCACCACAGCACAGGCGCGGGACCGCGAGGAAUCCAACAGCAUCAUCGGCUCGACAGGCCGCCGAAGUCGCAGCAGAGGCGCAAGUAG